UUAUUAUAAAGUGUUACCCAGAAGUUUGUGCUUGUGUGUGUCUGUGUGUGUUUGACCUUAAAUAGGCCUUUUGUUCAGAUGAGUGAGAUAACAUUAAUGGAAAACGUGCAGCCAGCUAACUCAGAUAUCACCAGUGCCUGAAGUCAAAAAGGCAUAAGGUCUGAGUGCUCUCAGGUGGGCAGAACACUAUCACUAUCUGUAGAGAUAAGACAAUAAGGAGAUGACUGCCUCUGAGCACAGACACAGAGAAACUAAUUUAAUCUGCAUGUGAACAAAAGUACCAAAGAAACCUUUAACCUCAUUCACAUGCAAGUAUAAAUAUGGUCCUGAGUUAAAACAGGAUGGGGACAGUGAUUCAAAGGAACUGGUAUGGAGAGAGACAGAGAAAAACAGAAGAUGAUGCUGGAAAAGUUAAAGACGGCGGCUUCUAUGAAGGCAUGUUACCAAGGCUUUGAUCCUGUAGCCUAUCUGCACUAUAACUACACUCCACCCCGAGCAGACUUUGAACGGAAAAGUAGCAUUGUGCCAUGGAAACUCAGCUGUCUGCACAGAGCCUUUACUGAAGAUGACAUAAGAGGGGACAUUUUAGUUGAUGUGGGAUCUGGCCCCACUCUUUACCAGGUCAUGAGUGGCUGUGAGAGAUUUGAUCAUGUCAUCCUGUCUGACUUUUUGGAGGUGAAUCGAAGAGAGCUGCAAAACUGGUUACAGGAGGGAAAGAGUAGUAUAGACUGGACUUCUUACUUCAAGUAUGUGUGUGAACUGGAGGGCCGCAGUUCAUCGGCUUGGGCAGAGAAAGCUACACGUCUUCGCUCAGUUGUGUCUAAUGUGCUGCCCCUUGAUGUACACCAGUCCUGCCCAUUAUCACCAGGGUUCUUGCCCCCUUCUGGAGCUGACUGUCUGGUGUCAUCUUUCUGCCUUGAGAGUGUAAGCCAUGACUUGCUUUCCUUCACCAAUGCCUUAGGCCACAUCUCCAGCCUGCUUAAAAAAGGUGGAUACCUCCUACUUAUUGGUGCCCUGGGAGAGAGCUUCUACAUGGGUGGGCCAGGGCUGUACAUCCCUGUGGUCCCUCUGGAUGAGUCUCAGGUCUGUGCUAGUCUGAAGGCCCAUGGAUAUGAGCUGUUGCAGCUUUGUAUUUACCACCUGCCACCAGACAUGAAGGUGGGGGUAGAUGAUGUCACUGGUGUGUUCUUUGCAAAAGCAAAGAAAGCUUAAACAAUUUUAGUAGAAAUAUACAUGAAUUGGAAAGGUAGGGAAUUAAUGUAUUUUUUUUUAAUGCUCAAUUUUACUGUGAUUAAAAGAUAUUGAAAAUAAUCAUAUUUGUCAGCAUCUGAAAGUAAAAAAUGUUGGUCAAAUGACAUAAAUGCAGAAUGAUUGCUAAUGUUUGAUUUCACGUGUUAAAAUUUGUUAUUUCACACGUUAAUUUCACAUGUUAAAAUUCACCUCACAUUCUUUGCAGCUAAACUCAGCAAAAGGCCCUUUUUCAGAAUUCUAGGUUUUAAACCGGCGUGAAGUUGGCCGCCCACCCAAUGCAAAACAUCAGCAAAAUAGUCUAAAUUGUUUGUGCUCCGUUUGUGCUGUAAAAAAAUUUCGUUUGUGCUGCUUCGGUUUUUUAGAUAUUAAAAGAAUAUUUAUAGGUCAUUCUGUGGUCACUCAGCCCCCCACAUGCUCCAAAUUCACCCCAAAUAGUCUCAAUCGUUUGUGCUUCGUUUGUGCUGGUUUGUGCCGGUAAAAGUUUCGUUUGUGCUGCUUCUGUUUUUAAAAUAUUAGAAACUGAAUUCUAGACGAUGACGUCACCAGCCCCCCACACGCUCUAAAUUCACUCAAAAUAGGUUUGUUUGUUUGUGCUUCGUUUGUGCUGGUUUGUGCCAGUAAAAGUUUCAUUUGUGCUGCUUCCGUUUUUAAAAUAUUAGAAACUGAAUUCUAGAUGAUGACGUCACCAGCGUUUGAGCUGCUUCCAUUUUUUCCAGAUUGAAUUAUAGGCACAAUACAAUACUGACAGAAUAACAGUAAAAUACUAUUGCCAUUUUAUUUCAGGUUUGUCAUUUAUUCAAUCUUUUAUCAAAAUGUUGGAUGCUAGUAAAGAUGUUUUAAUAACAACAACUCAUUGUCAAUGUUUUUUGCUGUGGUGUUUAAUAAAAAGAUUUUGCUGUUCAGACAUUAUACAGCAGCAGCUCAA